UCAUGGUAUCCUCAUUUGGCUAUUACCAACAAUUUAGAUAUAUCCGAAUGUACAAUGUAUGUAACAAAUCCAAGAGAACAUAGAGAAACAGAGUGAGUCAGUUAUUACCGACAAUUCAGAUACACCCAAGUAUAUAACUACAUUAAAAAAAGAGAGAAAGAAACAAAGUGUGUCGGCUAUUACCGACGACUCAGCUUACACCAAGAUGCAUAAUUUACACAACACAUAUUUUUCAAAAGCCACAUAGGGACUCGGUAAUUAUCAACGAUCUAGAUACACCCGAAUGUAUAAUCAAUACCAGCAUAUAUUUUUCAAAAAUUCCAUAGUAAACCAGUUGUACCAACGAUUUAGAUACACCCGAAUGUAUAAUUUAAGACUACGGAAAUUAAAGCAAAACAGAGCGAGUCGGGAAUUCGGGAUAGAGGUGCGGGAGACUAGGGGUGUUACAAUUCAGACACAAGAAAUAACGCUGAAAAUGAACUGACAAUUUUCAACACUCAACUCUACAAUUUACACCUUUCUCUCUCUCUAUAAAAGCCCCUUUCAAGCAUCAACAUCCAGGUGUCCACUGUCGUCUUCCACCUGGACUGCACACUGCACAACACACUUUCUCUCUCCUCUCUCUCUCUCCUCCACCGCCGUCGCCGGCAAUGGAGGUUACCACCAACCAAGGUGGCAACCACCAUUUCAUCCCACCAAUUAUUCCCAUUGACAUGUCAUCCCUAACUCACUCCGAACUCCACUCACUCUCUCUCCUCUCCUCUUCAACCCCAUCAAACGACACCGUUUCCAAUUCUGCCGCUAAAUUCUACAUCAACCCAUCUCAAAGUACCCACCAACAAACCUACUCUCUCUCUCCUCACCCUCGCCGCCACCGUUUCUCUCUCCUCAACAAGGAACGUUUCGAAUCCAACAUGAUCGUUUCCUGCCUUAAGAAACGCCUACAAUUUGACGAUACUACCCCUGAUGAUGGCCCCCACAAAAGGAACAAGGAGAAUGAGAAUGCGACGGUUGAGAUUGUCAAUAGAAAUGGGGUGGUGGUCGACUUGGCGGCGCUUGAGGAGAGAGAAAAUGAUGGCGGGCCAUUUGCGGAGGAGUUGAGGAAGAUGGCGGAAGGAAGAGUAAAACAGGAGGAAUUGUUGGAGGUUUUGGGUGGCAUGGAAGGUGAUUGGUGUAGUAGAAGGAAGAAAAGAAGGGUGGUUGACGCUUCUUUGUUAGGCGACGCUUUGCCUCUUGGUUGGAAAAUUAUCGUCGCUUUGCGUCGCAAGGGUGGUCAAUUUUUCCCUUAUUGUCGUCGUUAUCUUAGUCCAACAGGAGAACAACUUUCAUCUUGUAAGGAAGUAUCAUUGUAUCUACAAUCUUACUUUGGGAUAAAUGAUGCUAAACUUGUGAGGGACAAUAGGGUUGAAUCUCAGCAACUUCAAACAGUAGAUUCAGUCAAUCAUAUGUGCAUGAUCUCUGAGGAUGGCAACUCCAUGAUGGACCUUUCGAAUUCACCUCUACAUAGUGCAUGUUUACCUAUUGAACAUGAGACGGAUGCUUUGCUUUUGGGCAUUGAGAAUCUACCAGAUGUUCGCAUAUGUGACUUGUAUGAAUGUUGCUCAUGUAAUGUAAGUUUUGAUGAAAGGGAUAAAUAUAAGCAGCACAUGUUCACGCUUCACCAAAAGACAACAAAGAGAUACAGUGUCGAUAUACAUCUGGAAGAUAAAGUAAUUGUAAAAGAUGGAAAAACCGACUGCCAGCAUCUGGACGAUAAAGUAAUUGUUAAAGAUGGAAAAACUGACUGCCAGCAUCUGGAUGAUAAAGUAAUUGUAAAAGAUGGAAAAAGUGACUGCCAGAAGAAGAGGAGACGUAAACUUGGAUUAUCCGUGUCAGAUGGAGUAAUAAUGAAAGAUGGAAAAUAUGGAUGCCAAUUUUGUCCUAAAGUAUUUGAAGAAAGGCGCCGCUAUCUAGGCCAUGUAGGAAAUCAUGUUAAAGGCUCUAUCGAAACACCCAAGGAUUUACUUGUUCAUUUGAAUGGCCAUGCAAGGGCUCCUUGCAUGCGGAGUUUGCCCUCCGGCAUCAGCAACCCAAGAGUGGAUGCUUUGGUUGAAAUUGCUCAAAGUUCAAAUCAGCCCAACAAUGGUCCAGUGUUUGUGAAAGAGCCUUCCAGUGUUAAUAAUGUUGAUCAGCUUAGUGCGGCUAAGAAGUUGCAACAUACUGAUCAAAUGUCUAAAAGCAACUCUUGCCAUGAUGAAGUAACUGUAGGAAAACGCUGCCGUAAAGGGAAAACUUUUACUGGAGAGUUGUAUCGGUGCAAGAUGGUGAGUGGUAAGUUAAGUGCUUGUCCUAAUAAUACUGUAGGAGAAAAUGGUUCUGAGGAAGGUAAACUGUCAUCUCAAGGAUUGCAUCCAUCAUGCGAUAGAGUUCGUAAGAUGUCAGUGACUGAUGCAGAUGCCAAUCACUUAGAUCCUUCGAUAGGUGGUCUUGAAGGGGAGGACAUUGGUGAAGACAAAAUUUUAUCCUUAGAACUAAAUCCACAGGGUAAGAUGAGAGAAAUACUUGGGACUGAUGUAGAUAUCAAUGUUCCAGCAACAUGUCCUGAUGAACGUGAAAUAGAAAAGGAUGUAAGAAAAGAUGAAACUCUGUCUAUGAAGAUAAAUCCACUUGCUAAGAUGAGCAAGAUGUCCAUUGUCGACGGAGAGAUAAAGCGGCAAUCUUUUAUCUGCAAUAUAGCAUCUUCUGAGAAGAAUUCUUGCUCUGAAACAACAAUGACACCGGCUGCUGAAAGUGGCAUUGCUGAAAUUGUCAGUUGCAAUAAUACUGCUGCUGACGAUGAGGAUUUGCCUAAUAUCCAUCCUUUAUGGUGCAAUGAGAAAUCUUCUGAUUAUGAUUCUUCUGGCAAAAGGACUCAGUUGGAUGUACAUAUGACCGAGCCCAAACAUGCGCAAAAUUAUGACAGUGAUCUUGUUACUAUUUCUGGUAAAAAUCAUGCAUCGAACUGUACAGCGCCUCAAGUACCAGUGAAUUCUUCAUCAACAUUUGAUGAGAUAUUUGAAAAGCAGGCUGGACAAGAUAUAUGCAGUCUUGAUCAGAAUCUCGAAAGUGUCAAUGGUCUUGAGUACUUGAAGCUGGAUGUCAUAGAACCUCAGAUGUACAAGUACAAUGCCAUGAGCCGAGAAGAUUCCAUUUCCUUCUAUGAUGUAUCCAUGGAUCUGAGAAAUAAUAUAGGGUUAGGACUAGGACUUGAUGACCCUCUGAAAUCUCAACCAGAAUUUCCUCAAGAAAUGGCUCGCAGUUGUCUGACUACAACUGUUUGUGUCUGGUGCGGGGUAGAGUUCUCUCAUGAGAUUGCUGAUAUUGAACCACAGCCAGACUCAGUUGGUUUCAUGUGUCCAUCUUGCAGGGCUAAGAUCUCGAAGCAAUUCAAUGAAUUGGAAAAUAACUUCUCCUUGAGUCCUCAACUGUUUUAACUGAUCAUCCUUUAAUCUAGACCCUUUUUUUUUUCUUUGGUCAACAUUGUUUUACAGGUAGUUUCUGUUAUAGGCAAGAAACUCUGAUUGCUGUUUAGCAAAUAAGUUAGCAAGUGCUUUGUAAUUGUGUUAGCAAGUGCUUUGUAAUUGUGUUAGCAAGUGCUUUGUAAUUGGAAGGCAACUUCUUAUCAAGUCAAACCCAGGAGAAGUUAUCAAGCCUGGUUAGUGGUUAGUAUCAUUUUGGACAUGUUCCAAGUUUAUUAGACCUUUUAUCAAGGAAGGUAUUGAAAGAAUUAUAGUAGAAUGACAAUAAGUCUCAAAUUUUGAUCAUCCCAAAUCCCUACUAACUGUCAUCUUUAAUUGUUGGUAUAUGUGAGCACUGAGCAGAUCAAUUCAAGGCAAUUGAUGAAGAGGGCAUGCCAAUUUACCGGAGGCCAUUCAGGGCAAGAUGUACAUCCAUUUCACAGUGGAGUUCCCCGAUUCUUUGAACCCUGAUCAAGUUGCAGCAUUGGAAGCGAUCCUUUCUCCUAAGCCAUCAAUGGCUCUCACAGACAUGGAGUUUUUUGUUAUUUUAAUGUGAAGAGACAACAUUUGCAUAAUGUCAGCGUUGAAGAAGAAAUUGAAAGGAAGCAGACACAGGCACAGCAGGAGGCAUACGAUGAAGAUGACAAACCUGCCGGUGGCCAUAGGGUCCAGUGUGCUCAACAGUGAUCUUAUUGAUCAGAUGGCUACCAUUGCAUGACUUUGAGUCAAUGAAUAUGUCUCUGAAUUUAGUGUUGCUCUUGGAAAACCAAUGUCUUAACUUUGUCAUGAUCUAUCAUCCUCCUAUUCGUGGGAACUUUGAGUUUAUUGCUCGGUGUACUGUAGUUGCUGCUUAGGAAUUUAGAAUACAAGUAUGUACUUUAAACAAGUUAAUAUAGAACUUCAAAGAAAUCAAAGCUAAUCUUUCUCUCUUCCA